UAUAUAUAUAAUUUGCAAUCCAAUUCAAGCUCUCUGCAAAAUCCUUUGUAGCUCAUCCUCAAAUCCUGUCUCGAGCACGCUCUCUCUCUCUCUCUCUCUCUCUCUCUCUCUCUCUCUCUCCAGAGAUUGAUAUGGGGUUAAGGGAUAUCGAGUCGACGCUCCCACCGGGGUUUAGAUUCCACCCAAGCGAUGAAGAGCUCGUGUGCCACUAUCUAUACAAGAAGGUGGCAAACGAAGGAGUUGCGCAAGGAACCAUGGUGGAGGUGGAUUUGCAUACUCGCGAGCCAUGGGAGCUACCAGAGGUGGCCAAGCUGAGCGCGAACGAAUGGUACUUCUUCAGCUUCCGAGACCGCAAGUACGCGACCGGGUUGCGCACGAAUCGGGCAACGAAGACCGGAUAUUGGAAGGCUACUGGGAAAGAUCGCAUGAUAUAUUACCCGAAAAGCCAUACAAUUGUUGGGAUGAGGAAGACGCUUGUGUUUUAUAGUGGAAGAGCUCCGAAUGGGGUGAAGACCAGCUGGGUGAUGCAUGAGUUUCGACUGGAAAACCCUCACACCCCACCUAAGGAGGACUGGGUGCUUUGUAGAGUUUUCCACAAGAAGAAAUUAGGCGAUGAUAACACAACGGAUUGCAGUUACCUGGAAACUUAUGAGCAGGAAAACACCGCCAAUAACAGCAGCAGCAACAACAACAACAACAACAACAACAGCAACAGCAACAACAGCAACAGCGACGACAACAACAACAACAACAACAACAACAACAACAACGCUGGGUGCUGCUCAUCCCAUUGGGAUCAUAAUCAGUCAACUCCUCCGGUGACUGACCUGCCAAUGCCAGAUGCAGGGCACAUUAAUGAUGAGCAAGCGGGUUCAUCACUCUCAAGCACACCACACUAUGAGCAGGAUCAGUACUGCAACAGCAGCUUCAACAACAACUUGUUCAACCUGGCUCUCUUGCGCUACAACUUCCUUGAAUUUCCACAGGAGGUGAAUAGCUCUGCCGUUAGCAUCGGAAUGAGCUCGAGAGAUGGAGAUGAUUACAGCUUGUUGCUCGACCUCGGCUUAGAGGACCAAGAUUUGGUGGGAGGAGAGAUAGCAAAUUAAUUUUACUUGGGGAAAUUUAUUUGCCUAUCAAAAGGUGGGGGGAAAAGAAACAGCUAGCUAGCUUCUGUUCUAGCAUAGUGCAUUUCAUCUUCAAGUGUCCUACGUAAUUACGGGAGUGAUUGAAGUAGUAGCUGGCCAAUAUGUAGAUAAGUGCUAGUAUUUGUGAUUUGGAAGUUCAUUUGCUAUUAUUUGUACAUAACUUACAUACUUGAUUUGUGAAGAUCUCAUCUUUCCUGUCAUC